AUGACACAAUUUGGAGGGCCCCUGGGAGAGGUGCCACAUCUGGGAGGGCCCUUAGGGGCGUUGGCGCUUCUGGGAAAACCCCUGGCGGCGCAACCGACCCUGGGUGGGCACCUGGGGGCACCACCGUGCCUGGGACGCCGCUUAUGGGCGCUGUCGCCCAGGGGAGGGCCCUUGGGGUCGUUACUGCCUCUUGGAGGGCCCCCGUCACUACUGGGAGGGCCCCUGUGGAUUACCACGCCCCUGGAAGGGACCCUAACGGCUCCGCCACCCCUGGGAGGGCCCUUGUGGGCGCAGGGGCUCCUGGAAAAGCCCCAGAAGGGGAAGCCUGGGGUCAUUGCCGUCCCUGUGGAGCUCCUGGAGACCCCGCCACCCCUGAAACGGCCUCUGCUGGCGCCGACUCCCCUAGGAGGGCCCCUUGGGGCACUGCCACCUUUGGAAGGGUCCAUAUUGUUGCCCCCGUCCCUGCAAGGGCCCCUGGGGAUGCUGCCACACAUGGGAGGUACACUGGGACCGCCACCGGCUCUGAAACGUCCCCUCGGGCGCCAAUGGGAGGGACCAGGGCCCCUAGGAGAGGUACCACCCCUAGGAGGACGUUUGGGGUCGCUGUCGCCCAAGGGAGGGCUCUUGGAGUCGUUACCGCCUCUUGGAAGGCCCCCGUCACUACUAGGAGGGCCCCUGUGGAUUACCACGCCCCUGGAAGGGACCCUAACGGCUCCGCCACCCCUGGGAGGGCCCUUGUGGGCGCCGGGGCCCCUGGAAAAGCCCCUGAAGGGGAAGCCUGGGGUAGUGGCCAACGCUGUGGAGCUCCUGGAGGCCCCCGCCACCCCUGGAAGGGCCCCUGCGUGCACCGCCUCCCCUAGGAGGGCCCCUUGGGGCGCUGCCACCUUUGGAAGGGUCCCUGUUGUUGCCCCCGUCCCUGCAAGGGCCCCUGGGGAUGCUGCCACACAUGGGAGGUACACUGGGACCGCCACCAGCUCUGAAAAUUCCCCUGGGCGCCAAUGGGAGGGACCCUGUGUACAUCAAUACCCCUCGGGGGGCCCCUAG